AAUAUAGUACACACAAACAAAUAACUGAACCUAUAAAUAGCGAUCGUUAGUAGCGCACGAACAAUCGAAUCCACAAACACACACACAUACAAACCUACAAACGACGAAUAGCUGUAGUCAAGACACAAACCGUGUAACGUACCACAGACACACUAACAGCAGUCGUCGUGUGCAGAGAAACGAGUAUAGCGCAGCAAGAUGAAGAAAAGUUCGACCGCUACGACAACAAUGUCGCUACCGACCAGUCCGACAAUUUCGGCGCACACCAUUACCGGCAGUAAGCUAAGUUUAAGCAGCACAAAGACAGCGACUUCGGGGCGUUCGAGUCGCUCGAGCAUGCAAUCGCCACAGAAGAAAAAGAGCGAUCUCGAAUUGGAGUCGAUAUUAGAGAAGGCGAAAUUUUACACAUCGUUGUGCCUUGGAACCACUGCAAUUCUGUCGGUUUUUGCCUUCCUCUUUUUAAUACCAUUCGUCGUGGAUCCAGCAAUAUCGACGAUAAUUGCCGAUUAUGAUCCCGUACCAGUUACAUGUAUUGUCAUUGAUCAUGUUUACGCGGAAGGCAUAAGAAAUUGUUCGUGGAGCUCGUGCCGCGAGGGCUGCACGUCAUCACUCACCAAGUGCCAUCAGUUGUACGUCAACUACACACGCAUACCAUUCAUCGAAUGGGAAAAGAAUCCACGUGAACUGGAUAAGGUGCAAUGGGACGUCAGUUAUACGAAAUUUCUCAUCAAUUCGGAAGGUUGCGGUUAUCCGCCCACAACGAAUUGCAGUGUCUUUGCGCGCCAAUAUGGCUACUCGCACAUUGGCGAACCGUUUCCCUGUUAUUACAGUCGUGCCUACCCAGAAGUGGUGAUCGGUCGCUACUCGUGGGAGAACAACUUGUAUCAUCUCGUGCUGUCGCUUAUCAUACCGAAUGUUCUAUUCGCCAUUUCGAUUGGUGUGCUCAGCUAUUGGUACUGCCCCUGUUGCGACAAAGCAUGCAACAAAUCAUCACGGGUCUAUGCGGAGAAGUUUCCCUCGAAGGAAGAGAUUGUUAACUGCAUGAAUUGCAAACCGGAGAAAACGUUAUCCCUCAGUAAUUUUUAAGCGAAAUCUAUGCAAGUGCCUAUUGAAACCGUUUGAUAUGAAUUUAAAUAACCGUUAAACGCAAAAAAAGCUUUAAAAAUAUUACAACAAUACAGUAAAUUGCAAAUUUUUCGAACAAAAAUAAAUAUUGUCAUAAACUUUUCGAUUACUCGCGCACAUUUUUUAACCCUUGCUAGCUAAAUAUUGAGAUAUUGAAAUUUUAGAUAAAAACUACUAAUUUAGCAUGUAGUACGCGUAGUCUAGUUAAAUGGCACUUAUUUGAAAGAGUAGCGCACACAAAUUUAUUAAAAUAUAAAGUAGAAAACUUGUUCUUGACAAUUAGAUUUGUGAGCGAUAAAUUCACAUUUAGUAGUAGUUAGUAUUUUCGAAAGAUUUUUUGGUAUAAAUUUCAACUUACGUCGACGUGGAGUCAAACUCUGCGCCAAAUUAUUAUCUAAAAGUGAAAUUGUUGUGUGAAUGAAGGACGCCAUCAGCUUUUUCAUAAAUUGGUUGACUUAAAAUCAGCUGGUCCAAUGACGUCACGUUAGCCUGACAAUUUCAGAUAUUACACUUUGCUAACCAAAGCAAUUGCUCAGGUCUAAUUACUAUCGCAUAUCACUGUCAUGCAAACUAACAAAUCGAAAUCAAGUUCUUGAUUGAUGUAAAAUCAGCUGCUACAAUGACGUCACGUUAGCCUGACAAUUUCAGUUAAUAUCUCUUUGCUAACCAAAUUCUCUCUAAGUAGUUUGUGUGUACAUUUUAAAUUAAAUUUUAAUAAAAAAUAUUAACUUAUUAACUUAAAUCAAAAUUAUUAAAAUUAAAUUCACUCAAAUUAAAUUUAAAGCUUUGGUUUUUUCUUGCAUCAGAAAAUUAAUAAAAUUAGAAAUCAAAUAAUAUAUUUGAUAAAUUUGGCAAACCCUAACAAUACUGUUUAUUAAAAUUCCAAUUUCAACUUAUUUUGAAAUUUUUUGAAAAAAUUUGUUGAAAAUUAAAUAAAAAAUUUAAACAAUUUUAAAUAUUUUUUUUUUAUUUUUUUUAAUUAAAUUUUUAAUGUUUUAUGGUUAUUUUAUGACAUACUCUUUAAAAAUUUCUUAAACCACAGAAACAUUUUUUUGGAAAUUUUAAAUGUUACGUUUAAUAAUAUAAAAAUUAACAACUACUCUUUAUUAACUUUUUAGUUAAAAAUAAUUUUUCAACUUUUUAGACAUUUCGUUGAAAUUUAUGUUCAAAGUGAGGUGACAACUCCAUCUAUUUAUAUACGAUCUAGUUCAACAGCUUUUGAGAUAUCAGUUUGAAAUUUCGUAUACCUUCUUUUCUCCUCAAUAACACGAUUAUUUGUUGCAAUCAGCGGUGUCGGAUUACCAUACCAUAUAGUUAGCUGCCAUACAAACUGAGCGAUCGGGUUGAGUUCCUUGUAAGAAAAACUCUUUCAUUUGGCAAGAUAUCGUCACGAAAUUUAGCAUAAAAUAUUUUCCAAGAAUAUGCUACAGUCUCCGAGUAAAUUGUUCAAAUCGGACUACUAUAGCAUAUAGCGCCCAUACAAAUUGAGCGAUCGGGUUGAAUUCCUUGUAAGAAACCCUCUUUUAUUUGGCAAGAUAUCGUCACGAAAUUUGGCAUAAAAUAUUUUCCAAGACUAUGCUACAAUCUCCGCAUAAAUUCUUCAAAUCGGAUCACUAUAGCGUAUAGCUGCCAUACAAAGUGAACGAUCGGAAUGAAGUGUUUGUAUGGAAAGUUUUUCAAUUAGAAGACAUCUUCUCCAAUUUUAACAUGAAUAAUUGUCUUAUUUUGCGAUAUCGGAAAAAAUUAUUCAUAUCGAGUCACUAUAGCAUAUCGCUGUCAUGCAAACUGACAGAUAAAAUUAAAGUUUUUGUAUGGAACCAUUUCAUUUGUGAACGAUAUUAUACCUUCGGUGCACAGAAAUAAACGUUUUUUCUUGUUAUUUUUUAUUAAACAAUUUUUGUCUUCGCUAUUUUAAUUAGAAAUAUUAUAUCCAAAACUUGUUUUUAAAAUACUAUAAGUUCAAAAAAACACAAAUAUAUAUAAAUUUGUGAUUUUCUUUUAACUAAAAAACACUUUCGUAAAUGUCUGCCUGCGGUAGUAUUAGUUUUUCGAAUCGUGUCUCUUAUUCCAAUGUCCAUAAAUGUAUUUUUGAUAUUCAGCACGUUUUUAAAACUACUUGCAUAUUUUAGAUUAUUAUAGAUUUUAGAUAGUAGAAAAUGUUCGUAACUUUUUUCCAGAAAUUCCAAAAUUUAUUACUUGAAUGUUACAAAAUGCAUGCAAACCCGUAGACUUGUACGAUUGGUCUGCCCCCCGUUUCAAAAACGCACGGGCAGCAAAUUUGCCUGAUUUUCGCAAACAACAAAAAAGCCCACAUCACAAACACCACACAAAAGAAAUAACGAAAAAAAAGAAAAAUAAAGAAAGCACACACAGUUUUUCAUUCAUUCAUUCAAUUUCCGUUGUAGAAAACUUCUGUGUCAAAGUGACGACGAAGAUGACAUGGAAUACUAGUGAACUAGCGAGUCUAGUGAAAGGCUAGAUAUACUCGUAGCAUUAGAAAAGCUGCUUACACAACAACAACAGCAAGAAAUCGUACUCGUACACGUAUUCGUAUUCGUAGAAGGAGUACAAUGUAGAAAAUCGAUAGCCACAUUUUGUAUUCGUACACAACAGUUACAAAUAAAUAAUAAUAUUUAUCUACUACGCUCAUACACAUAGUACUUAUAUAUACACUUACAUACAUACAUAAAUGUAGCUAGUUAAAUAUGGCGAUGUGUAUGUACCCUAUACAUACAUAUUUAGGACUCAUUAUAGCUAAACGCAUUCGUAUGUGUAUUACAGCAAUGUGCAUACAUACAUAUAGUAAUAUGUGUAUUAGGGUGAGGUUGCAGUUUUUGUGCUAGAAAUAGCAUUAAAAUGUAAACAAGCGCUUUUAAGUUUCAUUUUAAACCGUACCCAAAUCAUAUUUAUUUUCCUAUGACAUGGUGAAUGAUUUUUUGAAAUUUCAACUAAGAAAUUAAAUCUACAAGCUUUAAAAAUUGAUAUUCCUAUACAAAAUUUUCUGCGCCACAAAAAAGGUCUGAAUGACUUUUUCCAUUAUAACAUUCAUUUAAAAGUUAUACGUAGUCAAAGUUAAGCAUCAAAUGUAAAGAGCGCUCAUAGUCCGACAGUUGGGUCUAAGUAACCGGAACGGUCCAAGAUUUUUAUCUAGCUAAGAACUGUCAACUUGACACAAUCCCUCGAAAUUACUUCAAGAAUGUUUUCUGCCGCUACUACAACAACAACAAGUGCUUAUAUAUAGUAGUGAUUUAUACACUAUGCGUUGCUCAUACGACAUGGUGUACAUUUGAUGCAUAACUUGAAAUGCAUAGAACUUUUGAUGGUACAUUUUCAAAAAUUCAGCUUGUGAAAUAACAUACACCCUAAUACAUAUGUAUGUAAGUAUGUAUGUUCGUCUACGCAUUUGUAUACCUACAUAACAGUAUUCGCAAUUUGCAAAGUAAAUAAUAAAAAAAUUGACAAUUCGUACUGUUCUCCUCCGCCCCCAUAGCGCUAAACACAAGAGCAAAGCAAUAGUCUGCCGCAAAUUCAAUAGUAUUUACAUAAGUAUGUAUGUAUUAUGCUUAUUGCAAACUCCAGAGCAGUAUUUGUGCGAUUUAUUUGUUAAAGCUUUUAGUAUUCUUUUCGAAUUUGCAAUUGCACUUGAAGUAAAACUUGAUAUGCAAAUGCUAAAGCACGAUAUGUAAAAUAGAAAAACCAAAUAUAUAUAUAUAUAUAAAGUUAUAACAUAAAUUAUUGUAGGGCUUGUUUUGCAUUUAUAUAAUUAAUAUAAAAAGUGUCAUACAAAUAAAUAUAAGCUAAGUACAACACACAUAUGUAUGUUUGUAGCAUAAGAAAGUACAUAUGUAAGUACGGCGACAGCUUUAUUUCAACAAAAAAAAACAGAAAACAAUACAGCAAUUCAAAAUAUAUUCGUAUAUAUGUAUUAAAAUAGCGAACUAAACACUUUUCUAAUAACAAGUUUUGAAUUUAUGAAAACUCUUUCGAAAAAGCUUUUUUUCGCGCAGCAAACGAAAGUACCGGAAGCGAAUGUAAGCUUAAAAUAAGUUGUUUUUCGCUCUGCAAAAUACUAAAGCGAGUGCAACUUCUAAAAAAAGCUUUUUUCGCAAAACGAAAGUAUCGACAAUUAAUGAAAGCUUGAAAAAAGCUUUUUUCGCACUGAAAAUGAAGUAUCGAAAAUUAACGAAAGCUCGAAAAAUGUUUUUUUCGCACAGAAGACGAAAGUAUCGAAAACUAAUGAAAGCUCGAAAAAAGCUUUUUUGUAAAAGUGAAAGCUGCACAUUUCGUUCUAAGCAAUUUUGCACUGAAAUACAUCACAUCAGCUGCUGUUUAAGUUUAGAAUUGCGAAAAGACAUAUAUUUUGUUGUACUGUGUAUUUUUGUUAGUAAACAAAUGUUUUGCUGAAAAUUCUAAAAAUUUGAAUUAUUGAACUAUAUGUUGAAUUUGACUUGAAAAAGUUAUUUAUAAAUACAUUGAAAGACAAGGAUUGUGAUAAUAGUCAUAAUUAUUAUAUGUUUUGUGUUCUCAGCGUGUUGUACCCUAGAAAAUCAGAAUUUGUUUAAAAUGUUGAAAAUGUUGUAAGUAAUGUAGGAAUGAAAUAAAACACGCCGAUUUGCUGUGUGGGCGUUGAAUAUCAGCAAAUUAGUAAAUGAAUUGCAAAAUAUAUACUUGAUAAGGUUUGAAUUGUAAUGUAAAUCGAAUUUGGCUUAAAGAGUUACUUAAGUUUAGACUAGUCAAAUAUGUAGCACUACAGUUAAGGUAAAAUGGUAAAUAUACUUAUGUAUCAUACUGUGUUAAACAAUAAUGCAAAAUUAACGACACAAACACACACACAAUUUUCAGUUUCGGCAAAUGUAUAAGCAAAUAAUAAACAUAUUAUACGAGUUUUCUUCCCAAAAAUGUAACUUUCGAAAAAUAUUUUGAAAAUUAAGAUUCUGUUAACACUAAAAAAGUACCUUCCAAAAACGAUUUUGAAGAAUAUUAUAAUUUGAACAAAAAUUUAUUUUAUUAGAUUUGUGCAAAAGCUUUAAUGCGCUUAGCAAUUCACUUGAAUUGAAGCGCAAAAAAAACAUGAAAAAUUGUAUAUAUAAAUAUGUGCUUAAAAAGCUUUGCUAAAACUGUGCGAAAAUUAAAUUUCCAUAACAUAAACUUAAUAGCAGCCCAUUAAGCUAUAUAAAAACAAUUAUUGCAAUAAAGUGGUCCGAAUUUGGUUUAUUUAACAGCUUAAAAAGUGAAAGCUUAAAAUUUUGUGUAGAA